AUGGAGUGGCUCUGCCAGAAGUUCGAGGAGGAGAGUCAGCUGCGGCUGCCCGGAUUUCUUCGCAGCGACUGCCUGGAAAAAAUCUCUGCGGCACUGCGGGAGGGUGACUCGAAGGGUGGCCUUGGCAAUGGAUGGCAGCUGCUGGGCCCGGUGCUGCACAGGCGUCUUUGUGCCUUUGGCAAGGUCGGGAAGGGGAAGAAACGGCUGGCAUCCCAGUGCCCUGCUGGCAAAGCUCUGGCGCAGGUGGCGAAGGUCUUGGCCUCUCCAGCAUUUCUUCGAUAUUUAGGGAGGUUGACAGCUGUAAAGGGCACCUCCGAUCUGGCUGUUUGCAUUCGUCGUUUCCGUCCUGGCCUGGACUACGAACGUCCCACCUGCACUGCCCAAGCCCAGCUGGACGUAGUGCUGGCCUUCGAAAGCCUCCCUGGCACGGUGCGUGCGCGGCGCCGGCGCCUCCGAUCCCUGGGUGGUGCGGAGGUCUAUGCAGAGCGCGAUGCGGGGGAGAGGACGGCGGAAGCUGCAGGACUGUUGGCUGGGGCCAAUGGAGUGCCGUGUGCCCCUGAGGUUUUGCUCAGGUUGCCCUUGGCCAACAACAUCUUGCGGCUGGUGCUGAGGGAUGCACAAACCUCCCAUGGCACUGAACCUUUGGCCAGUAGGUCUUCCACCAGCCGCUGGGAGAUUCGCUUGGCUUUGCCCACCGAGUUGGAAGAGGAAGAUGAGGUUGAGGAGGUUAGCCCAAAGAGGCGACGCACUGGCGGCAAAAAGAGCUGGCAGUCCAGUGCUGUGACUAGUCCAUGUCGGAUGGACAUGGGAUCGAUGUGGGAUGUCUGUGGAGUGAGGACGAACCCCUGCGACUUAAACAUUGAUGUAGAAAUCAGAUGA